GAUUGUUUCCAGGGGAGCUGGCCAGGAGGUCGGGAGAUCAUGUCAUAUUCUAGAGUUCAAAGGGAAGAAAGUUAUGGUAAGUAUGCAGCUUUGUAUGUAAUCAUUAAGGUUACAGGAUAACUUUACAUAUUCUUGUAGGUUUCUAGCGUAGAAAUAGAUCUGUCGUCAGGAAGUGUUCCAAAUACCCUAAUACAUGAAUUCAUUAACCAUUGCAUUUGAGUUUUGAAAAUUGUGUAUAUUUUAUGCCAUAUCUUACUCUAUUUUCAGUUGGAUUUUGGGAUACAUCCUGGAUACAAUGGUCUUGACAGUUUACCGUUUGUCGAUGAAAUAGAUGCAGAAGAAAUUGAUCUUUUGCUUAUCAGCCAGUAAGAGCAGUACUGUACAUAUUAAAACAUUUCAAGGCAGGGUCCGAAAUUUAAAAGAUACCAGGAUUCGGGUUUGAGUAUCUGAGAAUUCAGUAUGCUUACCAUAAAAUUUCGCAUUAUGUGUUUGAAAUUGUGUAAUAUUUUUGGCACGAAUGCCUGUCACUCCUAAUUUGCAUGUUGUUAUUGUAAAAAAAGUAAAAUUUCAGCAGCUAUUAUGAAAGUUUUGCUGUUUGAUUUCAUGUAACGUAAAAGCUAUAAAAGGUAUCGCGAUGAAAUAAAGAUCAUUGGAUUCAGAAAGGACUAACUUAGAUUUUGAUAUAUAACACUUGAAUUUGCAUGCAAUGUUGAGCAAGAUACAACUGUUCGAAUUUGGAAUGCGUUUUAGGAAUUGGUGAAAACCGGUAAAAUUUGGCUAAUUAAACUAAUUUCAAACAAUAUUUGGCAUUUUCACAAACAGUAGUUCAAUGUUUAAACAUCAUUCAAAAACUCAUUAAUAAUUAAUGAGGAAAACACAAAGAGAAAUCAUAAGCGUGGCGUGUCUUUAUAUGUGAUAAAACACGCUUCAAAUUUCAACUUGUAUUUUCUCAGCUAAUACAAAGUUAUUUUGGAAAAUUAUUUCGCCAAUGCCGUGAUCUAACUGAGACGUUUUUGAAGCUGUUUAAUAAACUCGUAGUUCGUGUUUUAUCACAUAUAAAACACUCCGCUACUAUUAAACAGUACAUAACGCAGUCAAUAUUGCAUGUAAAUUCAAGUGUUAUAUAUCAAAAUUUAAGUCAGUCCUUUGUUAAUGCAAUGAUCUUUAUUUCAUUGCGAUAGCUUUUAUAGAUUUUACGUUACAUAAAACAUGUCCAGUUUUUUGGGGACACACGCGGUAUAAUAAUCAAUUAGAAGAGUUUUUACAUUGAUAGUGUACUGUACAUGGUAAAUCUUUAAGAACCAUUCAAAAACCCAUCAGUAGAAAUUUAAAACUUUUUCCUGUGAUAGCCCACCCUGAAUAUCUCUGCUAUUGCUACAAAUAUAUUAAUAAUAAUUAUGGAUGUACAUUUUGUUUAAAGUUUUCACUUGGAUCAUUGUGGCGGUUUACCGUGGUUCCUUGAAAAGGUAAAGGAUAUAUAUAGAAUAUUUUGAUUGAUAAAACUCGUCUUGUUGCGUCAAGAGAGGGGUCACGCUAAUUUUUCAUCUUGAGAGUAAGCGAUCAAUAUGGGUUCAAAACUUCGUUUCUGGUUGCUGUCUGAAAUUUAGAAACCAUUAAAAACAUUUCAGACAAUUUUGGAUUAUUACUUGGCUCAAUAGCCACCUUAAUUCCAACGUCUAAAGCAGUUGGCGCAUGAAAUGUUCACCUUCUAAACUGGCCCUAAGAUGUUCUAAACUGCAUGUUUAGUUACAAGUUCCGUAAGGCCCAUUUAUAUAUUUGCUUUAAUUUUUACAGACAACAUUUAAAGGACGCGUGUUCAUGACUCAUCCUACCAAGGCUAUUUAUAGGUACGGAACAUUUUUUGAAAUGUAUUAAAAUAAAAAAAGUACUGUAGCGUACAUUUGAUAGUAAUUUGUGCAGUAUUUGAAAGCUUAGUACCAUAGAUAUCUUAUAUACACUAGAUAGCGCAUUUCUUUUAGUAAAAUUGAAGCCAACAAUAUUCCAGCGGUUACCCCCAUUUGAAUAGAUGGCGGCCAUGUUGGUCGUUCCCACUUGCUAAUAAACGCUUAAAAACAACAAUAAUUUUCAUCAUUUGAAUAUUUUAAAAACGAAUUUGGAAUAGGGUUAACUUAAUGUUUAAGUUCCCUGUUUAAGAAAUAGAAAACAUACGAAUCUUCUAAUUUCAUGGGAACGACCUGAGACUGCAAUCACGGCUUCAAUUUUUGAACUUCAGAAUAAUUAGAUGCACUAUCUAGUGUAUAUAAGAUAUCUAUGCUUAGUACUCAUUACUUAUUUAAUGAAAAUCUGCCUACCAAUAUCUACCAAUUUUGACACUUCGGAAUGGGUCAUAUUUCGCUUUUGAACUGCGCCGUUUAAACUGUAAAUCAGGGAUUGAAACCAAAGUCGGUAAAAUCGUAACAACCUUGCCGAUAUUAUCAGACUUGUUACAAGGUUAUUCCAAUAAGUCCGAUACAGUCAUGAUAUAACAUUAUUGUUACAACCUUGUGUCGUCAACCUUGUAACAUUCUUCUUAUAUUUUGAUUGUAUCAGACUUAUUAGAACAACCUUGCAACAAGUCUGAUGAUGCCAUCAAGCUUGUGCCAAGUUGUGAAACAGCUUGUUUCAAACUCGUUACAACAACUGGGAACAAGCAGUGCGAACACAACUUGUCGACAGCUUGUGAACAGAUUUGUAACAACUUGUGCGUUUUUAAGAGUGUAGCAGGCGAUCUAGAGAUAAUUGGUACGUCAUGAUAAUGAGCCCGCAAUAAAAAUAUACCUUUCGAAAUAACAAUAGAAACUGAAAGUUCUUGAUAUAGCUUUGGUGAUUGAACGAACUCCUGGUCGAAGUGAGUCAUUAUCGAGCAAUAAAAUAAUCGUUAAAGUCAAUUUCCUUGCUUUUCAGAUGGCUCUUGUCGGAUUUUGUAAAAGUUAGGUAAGUUGACAAGAUACAGAACGUCUCCCCUUUUCCCUUAAAACGAACAGCUGUUUCAGAAUGAACCGCGUUUUGCUGCUCGACGUGAUAAACUUCUUACCUCUGCUCUACAAGUUAAACUGAAGAUGUUUUUAUUUCUCAUUUUAUUUUACAUUUCGUAAAAUAAACAUGCUUUUAAAUCUCGCGCUUCUGAAACCUUGCUGACGUUUUGGUGUUUGCAACAAAACCAAAGACAAACCAUUGGUAUUGUUCUUUGUUUAGUAAUAUGACUGCUGACCAAAUGUUAUUCACUGAAAAAGACUUGGAAAAAAGCAUGGAUAAAAUUGAAACCGUUCAUUUCCAUGAGGUAACAUUAAUACAACUUAAACUGCCGCUGAAGUACGGUUGAAAUUACUAUUAUACAGCUAAUUCAAAAACGGUUGUCUUUUGCAAAUCUUAAACUUUAUUAUCUAAGCGUGCAAAGCAUAAUCAUGGGAGCAUCAUUUAAUCAGUUUAGAAAUCAUAUAUGGGGCCCAUUUCUUAGAGCUCUUUCCUUAUGAGAACAAUUCAUUCACAAAUAUGUAGCUGUAAUAUUCAACUACUAAGCUUGAAACUUGUGCCCCCAUUACGCUUUGCGCGUUUAGAGUUUAAAAUUUAGAGUUUGAGGUUCGCAAAGGACGACUUUUUUUACUUGGCUGUAUAUUUAGAUAUAAAUGUUCAAAUUACCAUUAAAAUAUUGAUUAAUAAUUCACGAGGAAAAUACAAAAGAAAUGAAUGUUUAAUCGAUGUUUGUAAAUCGGAUAAAGAUUUGUCCUGAUUUACAUAAUCUUUAUCUUUGAUUUUCUCGGCUUAGACAAUGUUUACUUUUAAAAUUACUUCGCCAAUGAAUUCAUAAGAUGGGUCAUUUUUUAAGUACGAUAAAACAUUCGCAUCCGAUCUUUAUCUAUGAUAUAAUAGUUUUGUUUGUGGAAACACCACGUAAAUUUAUUACUGCAAAGCUUUCGAUCCGUAAGCCCGGAUCUUUAUCAGUACUAAUAAUAUGUCUCGCGCUUCGGCUCGAGUUUGUAUAUCAGAUACAGAUCGGCUCCUCAUGUUUUAUCUAGUACUUAUAUAUUUAGCUGUGAAUGUUGAUAACAAAUUGGUUAUUAGAAACCUGAAAUAUUGAUUUAUCAUUCUGCCACUACUACUACUAAGCUUGAAACUUGUGCUCCCAUUACGCGCGUUUAGAGUGUAAAAUUUAGAGUUUAAAGGUUCGCAAAGGACAACUUUUUUUUACUUGGCUGUAUAUUCAGAUAUAAAUGUUCAAAUUACCAUAAUGUAUUUAGCUAUAAAUGUUGAUAACAAAUUGGUUACUUAAUGCAUAUAGUGGAUAAUAUUAUCAUUUGGCAAAAAAUUAAUAUAGUGGACAAAAAAAUAUUUUUAAAAAAUUGAGAGGCAUAAAUUCAGUAAAGAUUUCGGCAAAAAAUUGCCACGUAAGUAUAGAUAUGUGGACAUAUUAUUUUCUUCCUUUAUAGGAAAAAGAAGUGAAUGGCAUUAAAUUCUGGUGUUAUCAUGCUGGCCAUGUGUUAGGGGCGUCCAUGUUUAUGAUUGAAAUUGCAGGGGUUAAG